AUGAGUGAGUCGCUGCCCUUGGUGGGCCGCAGCCUCGCCAUCUUCGUCGUUGCGGCGGUGAUGAUGGGCAUAGGCACGGUUGCAGUUGCUUUGCGCACGUUUGUCCGUGUGCACUUGGUGCGGGCGUUCGGAUGGGAUGACGCGCUGAUGAUUGUUGCUUUGGUGCUGUUCAUCUUCCUUAACGUCUGCUGCAUGAUUGGAGCAAAAACCGGAGUGGGUCACAAGAUGCUGGACUUCACCAGUGUUAAGACAAUAGAGAAAGCCAUGCUGUGGUGGUGGCUGGGUCAAAUGUUAUAUCUCUGGGCCUCUGCUGUCGCCAAAGUGUCCAUCGCGCUCGCUUUGCUGCGAUUGACAGUGCGCCAAGCGCAUCGCAUCAUUCUGUGGACCAUCAUCGGAGUUGUCACAGCCAUCGGCCUGAUGUUUUGGCUAGUCCUGCUCUUUGACUGCCACCCUGUCUCGUACUUCUGGUUGCGUCUAGAACCCACUCAUUCGGGAACCUGCCUGUCGAUCGGGACCCUGCUGGCCAUUGCCUACUUGUACAGCGCCAUCACCAUCUUCUGCGACCUCACUUUGGGCAUUUUGCCCGUGUUCUUGAUCUGGCGACUGCAAAUGAACGGUCGCACCAAGGUCGCACUGGGCGUGAUUCUCAGCCUCGGAGCCAUUGCGAGUGUUGCUGUCAUCAUUCGACUCCCCUUUCUUCAUCACUAUGGUGACACCGAUUUCCUCUAUUCCACAUACCAAAUCGCCAUUUGGUCCAUCAUCGAGACCGGCCUUGGCAUUACGGCUGGCAGCCUCGUCACCUUACGCGCUCUAUGCCGCUGGUUCCUCGAGAGUACUAGCUCCCAGGGCCGCCGGGUUCCGGGGAAACAGGCUAGCGAUGGCCCCUACGCACUGUCCAGCUGGACGGGAGAGGCCUCGAAGAAGAGCAUGCGCGAUCCCCGAUAUUGGCGUCCUGACCUCGUCCCUGGUCAGAUGGAUCAUCUGACCGUCACCACCGUUUCCUCACCGAUGGCUGGGAGCCCACGGAGUGAUGCCAAUAGCAGCCAGGAGAUACUGAACCCGGAGGGAGAAGCCUGGUAUCAUGGAAACCAGGUCAGCAUCCACCAGACGUUUAAGCUAUCUGCGGGAGAGUAA